AUGUCCGGGCAACCUCGCUUGUCCGUAGCGACAGGCUCUGGGUCCAGCCCGUCCACGCCGCAGUCGAGCGUUCGGAGGCCGCAGGGCGCCCGUCGGCGGAUGCAAGUGCAGGGGCUCUUCGUCGCCAACCCGGACAAUUCGGACUCGGAUGUCUCGCCAAAAUCGUCCCCUGUACGCGCAUCCCCCGUGACGACUUCCACCUCAGGCUCGGGCGGAAGACCUAUCGCGAGCUUGUACUCGUCAGGAGGGAGCGGUGGGGGUGGAUUACCUUCGCCCGGCGGAGCGAGCCAGCGGGCCGGCGGAUCAUCUCUGUCGAUGUACCCGAGUGUACCUGCACCCAAUACGCCCAUCACGGCCUUUCCGUCUCCACAUCCCGCUCCACCUACUCCUAUCCACGCACUACCGCCCCCACCCCCUCCCUCCGCCCCGCCAGACAUACCCUACGGGUACGCGAUGAAUGGCGGACCCCCUCAACCGCCUCCGCAGCCGGAACGACACUAUCAUCGCGCGUUCACCGCACCUACUCCUAACGACAUCCCCACUCGACCCCACGAUACACGGCAUGCCAGUCUUACCGGAACUCCGGGGCAUCACCCACCUCAAUCUCCUACUCGCGCCCUUCCUGCUCUCCCUUCACCCCCCAUAGCGGUCCCGCAGGCGCACGCGCCGUCCCCGGUCUCUGCGCAAUCCAUGCAGGGCCCGUCAUCUUUGUACGCUCAGCCCGAAGCGAGCGGGUCCAGGCCUCACUUGCAGCACCUGCAUACUCUGCUCAAAACGAACAGUCCAGACGAUACCCUCUCCCCGGCUCAAGGCAGCGAGAGCGGACGGAGCUUUGCUAGCCUGUCGUCCGAGUCGGUCGUCACGCGCGCGCGAUCGGGGAGUGUGCAGAGCCACAAGGUGCUCUUACAGGUCACCAUGGAUAAUGACCAAUUCUCGGUGGUGGAUAUCACGGGCAUGCAUACGGCGGAAGCUAUCUUGGAGAGGGUAUUCUCAAAGUUGCGAUUCCGCGACGACGACUACGCUACUUUAUCGCUAUUUCGGACGGACAUCGGGGAGGAGCCAGAAGCAGACGCCGUGUCCAAGGAGGACUUGCUGCGGCUUUGCCAGGAGCAAGGCGAUGCCAAGGCGACGCUCAAAUUUCUGGUUCUUCAAACGGCUAUCCCUGGAUCGACAGCUUCGAUAGUCCCGCCGACUCAAUCAAGCAGCGAGCGCCACCUACCUCCCAUCGACACGCGCAGUCACAACCGUACCUCAAAAGACGGGAGUUUGCACAGCGCCAGCGGGAGCUCAGUGCAUGACAGGCAGAGCGACUGGAGUGAUCUAGGUGCAGAGUGGCCUGGAUCUGCAGCGGGCGGAUCGGGCCUGCAUCGCGCCAAGCAGAAUGUGCGGCACGUCGAACGCAGACUGCCUAGCGCGUCGAGCAGCUCCAGAUCACUCAAUCUAAUGGACAACCAAAAUCCGCGCGACUCGCGUACAUCAUCUCCUCGGUCUUUCGUCAAUGUCGAUCAUCCUUCGCCAAAGGUGUAUCAGCCCCCUCCGCGCAGUAUGACACCGUCCGGAUCCGCCAGUGCCGGCCCGAGCCGGAGGAACGGGAACGGGCAUGGGGAAGCUGGACUGGGGCUGUUUGUGGAUGACGGAAUGGACCCGGAGACGCGGGCGCUCAUUGCCCAGAUGCAGAGGGAGGAUGAGAUUGCGCGGCAGCAAGCUCAGGCGCGGCAGGCGCAGGAGUUGGCGGAUGAGCGGUUUGCGCGGAAUGAGCAGCAGCAGGAGAGGGAUGUGUGGCAGGCCAUGCAGGCGAUGCAGUUGGAGUCGAGGCGGCAGCAGCAGGAGCAGAUAGAGCUGGACGAGCAGAGAGCUCGUGAUCUUGAUGCGGAAGAAAGGGCGCAAGAAGAAGAGCGACAACGUCAAGAAGCAACGCGGCGGGACUCUCACAACCAAAAUCGGACGGCGAUGUUUGUCAAUGACCGUCGAGCCGCUCGGCAAGAGUGGAGUCAUCGGAACGAGGGCCGAGAUCCACCUCAGGACUCUUGGACCUUGCCGUCUCUCGGCGAGGGGUCACGCUAUAAUGCUGAGCGUCGACCAUCCGAAACACCUCCCUAUCUUCCAAGCCAACAACCCAUCUACACCUCGCCCUCCACACAAUUCGGCUCGGAUGUACCCAACGUAUAUGUCCGCCAACCCUCUCGGCAGUCUUCUAACCGGUACGAAGAGGAGGAUCCGCAUUAUCUCGGCAAUCUCAGACCGGGUGAGCGCCUACCUCCAGGAGCGAGUAUCCAGCGGCGUCAGCCCACUCGGCAUCCGUACGGGUACGCCAAUGAUGGGUAUAAUGGCGGGAUGCAGAACGCUCGGUCGGUCGAGAAUCUGCGGCCGUAUGGUCCAGCACCAGUCUCUCGGCCACCGUACCAGGCUGUUCCCCCUCGCCCUAUCGGUCAACCCCAUCCAGAACGAGCGGGGUAUCAGAAUUACCGCAGCUCAUCGACCGAGCGGACGCAGGACGGUCGAUAUCCCGAUCCUGCGCGUACCGCUCCUCCGCACAUGGGCUCUGUACCCUUCCCGUCGCCUCAGCCAAGGCGGCAGGGGUCAGGAGAGCAGACAUGGCUACCGUAUGCCCAGGGCUCUGGCUCGCCCCGGGACUUUGACUACGAGCCGCAGACUUCCCGGCCGAAAACUGGGCAGGACCGCUCAUCCCCCAUCAUCAACUCGCCUACUACCGGUACCCUUCCUCAGCGCCCUUCCACGCUGUACGACAAUUCUCCUCCGCAGACGGCCCGUGCAGGCGAGGGAUACUUCCCGCCCGGUGCGCAGAUGCCCUACUACUCGCAUAGCCGGCGGAACUCGGUGGAUCCGAUCGUUCGGGGGCGGACGCCUGGGGAGGAGGGAGCUCGUCGGGCAAGCGAGAGCAGCGCAGGGGAUGCAAGGGAAGGGUUGUCUGUCACAGAAGGCGGAUGGCCAGGUAUCGCCCGGUCUGCGCGGAAAGAGACGGGCGAUUCAGACUCGAGGUCGGGCACGGUCAGCUCUGGGGUCAGCGACGCGACGCUGCGGCCUAGACGGGAGAAUGAUUCUGUGGAUACCGCGCGAGCGGGAGAUCUGCAGAGUCAAUGGCGGGCGAUGAUCCAGAAGGGCAAGGGUGGGACUCUGGUGCCGUCCAACCGGACCUCGUCUGAGUCUGCACUCGAGGACGACGGGGAAGAGGCGACGCUGUGGAUCACCGCUCCGUCCAGCUCGCGGGUCGACUCCCCCGCCCGGCUCAAUACGGAACGAUCUCCUUCGCGACCAAGUCUUACCAUCAGUACCCUGGGUCGGGACCAGCCAGAGCCGCCCCUCACGUCCGCUUCUGCCUCGGAUAGCAAUACCGAGUCGGAGGCAGAGGACGGACUGCGUGUAUCGCGUAACAAAUCCUUCGCCAAGCCAAAAGAUCAAUGGUACUUCCGUCCCGAGCCAGAACAGCUCUACGCCAACCUCGAUGCGCUCUUCCCCAAGAUUGAUCUGGACAAGCCUAUCGUCGAGGGUCUGUCCACCCCCACUACGCCUAGUGACACCCAGCUGUCCUCGUCUACCGCCUACCCACCUCCGCCGGUUCAUCCUGCCCGGUCGGAUGCUCGUACGGUCCAAUCACCCAAGGCGGACAAGGUGGACAAGCACGAGAAGGAGAAGGGUGGGAUUCUCGCUUCGGGGUUCAUGACCCGCUUCAACAAGAGCGAGAACCGCCGGUCACUCCGGAACGUCGCGGCAGACUUUGUCCGGCGCUCCAAGGACAAAAGGACGGAGCCUGCGCAGAUCGAGGCGACAGCUCCGGUCUCGGCGGACGAGGUCAAGAUUGACCGGGCGAAACAGGUCGUCGAGGUCAAACCGGCCGGUAUCGCCGAAGGCCAGCCUCAGCGGCCUGAGCCCAUCCCGGAAAGUCCCAGUGCGGAGGGUGAUCUCGCGCUCGAGCCCAAAGCCCCUAUCUCAAGCUGGGUCAAGGGAGAGUUGAUCGGCAAAGGGUCGUAUGGGCGGGUGUAUAUCGGUAUCAACGCGGUGACGGGAUCAUGGAUGGCGGUCAAGCAGGUGGAGCUGCCGGCGACGGACCGGGACAGGCACGAUGAUCGCCAGUUGGGGAUGAUCGAAGCGCUGCGAGGCGAGAUUGCGCUGUUGAAGGAUUUGUACCAUCCCAAUAUUGUGCAGUAUCUCGGGACGGAGACUAGCCCGGAGCACCUGUCAAUUUUCCUCGAAUAUGUGUCGGGAGGCACUAUCGCUACGAUCUACCGUGCGAGUCAAUCGGCAUUCGAAGAACAGCUCGUCAAGUUCUUCACCAAGCAGAUCCUGCAGGGGCUAUCAUACCUCCACGCCAAGCAGAUCUUGCAUCGAGACCUGAAGGGCGACAACAUCCUGGUCGCCACGAACGGGACCUGCAAAAUCUCGGAUUUCGGCAUUUCCAAGCAAGCCUCCGAUGCGUACGACUCCUUCGGCCAGGCGACCAACAUGAAGGGCUCGGUAUUCUGGAUGGCACCGGAAGUCAUCCACUCGGCUAGCGAGCGCACGUACUCGGGCAAGGUGGAUAUCUGGAGUUUGGGCUGCGUGGUGAUGGAGAUGUGGACUGGUCAGCGGCCGUGGGGUACGAUGGAGCAGGUUGCUGCGAUGUUUGAGCUCUUCAACAAACGCGCUAGGCCCCCUCUUCCGACCGAGAUCCAAGCCAACAUGUCCGAUGUCGCCCUUGACUUCCUUAACGAGCGGUGUCUCGCCAAAGAACCGCAGUUCCGCCCCACCGCCAAAGAGCUAUUGCAGCACCGCUUCAUCCUCGAGACGGAUCGCAACUGGACGUUUGGCGAUAGUCCUAUCGGCAAGGAGGUGCGCAGUAGGGGUAUGAGGAACAUGAAGGCGCAUGUUGCCGCGCAUGGGUCGGCCACGUAG